AUGGAAUGUCUUCGAGAUUUGGACCCUGAUGUGGAAAAGGAAAUCAUGAAACUUGGAUACACUGGGCCCGAAAAGAGCCAUACCAGAUGGUGCAGCACAAUGGCAGGGAGAGAGUUUGGUCGCAUCCAUUCUUGGGGAACAGGACCAGAACGUGCUGGUGACUUUGAACGCUGCAGCCCCUGCGUACACGUCGAACUACCGCAAACCCUUGCCGAACCGGUCCUCCUCAGAUACGCGACGCAACAUGGCUUCCCGUGUCGUUUCGGGACCCGUCUUGUGUCGUUUGACGAUUCAGACCCAAAUUUUGUCAUGGCCGAAGUCGAGGACCGUAUCUUCAAAACAACCCACCGAAUCAAAGCAAAGUAUCUCUACGGCGCAGAUGGGGCCAACAGCGUCGUGGUCAAACAACUUCAGUUGCCCAUGCAAGUCGAGCCGAGCCAGGGGAUUGCAUUGAACGUUCUCCUCCGUGCGGACCUGUCGAAUCUCAUGAAGACGAGGACGGGGAAUCUGCACUACGUGAUCCAACCUGACGCUGAAAUGCCCGAUUUCGCAGGUUGGUCGAUCGUGCGCAUGGUCAAGCCGUGGUACGAGUGGCUGGUCAUCAUGAUGUUCAAGCCUGGAUGUCCAGCUGAAUUCAUGCCGUCCCGAGAUCAGGUGAUGGAUCAGGUCAAGAAAGUCAUGGGAGAUCCUUCCAUCGCGGUCGACAUACUGCGUGUCGAUAAAUGGAUCAUCAACGAGACAGUUGCAGAAAAAUACUCCAAAGGUCGAGUCCAUUGUCUUGGGGAUGCUGUACAUCGACAUCCACCUAUGAAUGGACUUGGUUCGAACACCUGUAUACAAGAUGCUGCGAAUCUUGCUUGGAAAAUUGCCCUGGUUGAAAAAGGCGUCGCAACCCCAUCACUCUUGAACACAUAUAGUACAGAGCGACAAGCUGUUGGAGCAGGUGUUGUACAAAGAGCGAAUGCUUCCUUGCGUGAACAUUUUCCAGUCUUUGAAGCUCUUGGUUUCCUCCAUCCUUCUGUGGAAGACCGGAUCAAAGAUCUAGCUAAACUCGAUGAAGUUUCGGAUCGAGGACGCGAAAGACGCAAAGCACUUACGGAUGGUAUGAGAGCUGCAUGUCAUGAAUUUUUGGCCCAAGGUUCGGACAUGGGCCAGCGGUAUGAAUCGUCGGCAAUUUUUCGAGAUGCUGGAGAUUCUCCACCACAACUUCCCGCCGAUGCGGUACUGUAUCACGAGCCACACACGUACCCGGGCUGUCGAUUGCCUCACGCGUGGCUCAACACCGCCGUCCCUACUGCGACGCAGCUGUCCACGCUUGAUCUGGCUGGAAAAGGACGAUUCGUCCUUUUCACAGGUCACGGCGGUGAUGCUUGGAGGACGGCCGCGAAACAUGUGAAGAAAACGUUGAAUCUCGAGAUUGCGGUUUUCUUCAUCGGUUACGGGCUCGAGUACGAGGCGGUUUAUGGUGACUGGUACAAGCUUCGAGAAGUCGAAGAGGAUGGAUGCGUGCUUGUGCGACCUGACAAUUUCGUGGCGUGGAGGAGUUUGAAGAUGGCAAAUAAUGUCUCUGACAAGCUGGUCCAUGUCAUGAAGAGUAUCUUGGGAUCAUGA